AUGGCUUACAUUUUGGUGAAGUGGGUGGCGGAGGAGACAUGGGAUGUUUACCCAAUACGAAAUCUCGUGGAUGUGAAGACUGCGACGCAAAUCGCAAGGAAGCCUUCAUCGGUUACUGGUUUCACCGGCAAGGUCUUCGAUGUCAAAUGGAGGGAAACGGAGGAGCCUUCACCCGCAUAUUUGGUGGCUGCAGGUGAAGAACGUAGAAUGGAGAAGCUGCGCAGUGAGCUCGCCGACCAAUCACUUGCGGAAAGCCACGAACCGACCACGCCGAGCCGCGCUGAACGGGUGCCUGGUGAUAACGCUCACGAAGACAAUCCCGUAAUGACACUGGAGGUGCACCAAAAGAAUCGCUGCUGCGAACACAAGGCUCAGGUUAAACGCCUCAGAAAAGAAAAGCUGCGCCUCGAGGCAAGACUUGCAGAAGCAGAAGCACGACAAGGGGCUGAAAAGAUGGUGAAGAGGCUGGACCGGAUCCUCCGCAACUUUCAGGGAAAUGGGUCAGCGCCUGCUGAAGAGGACAUCGGCAACGGUGUUUUUGUUAAUAAAUCCGUUCUUGACCGCCUCUACAACACAUUCCGGACGGAUGCAUGCAAGUUUGCAAGAAACCUGAUGCGAUCCUUGUUCGACACAGAAGAGUUGCGGAACCGGUCGCUCUAUGGGAUAGCGUCUAAUGUGAAAAAGGGUGCACCCAUCAAACCUGCGGUGGAUCGGAAACGACUGGAUGCAAUUCUGAACUACACGUCCAGCAAGUACGGUGCUCCAGCAGGUGUAAUAAAGAAGAGCCUUGCUUCACUGUUGUUGGAGCUCAGUCACUGA